AUGGAUUCCAAUAAUGAUUUAGAUCAUCAAAAUGAUGAAGUUGUCAAUACUAAGAGUUAUGAAAACGAAGUUAAACGUGGGGAAAUUAUUAUGCAAAAGGUGGGAUGGAAUCAAAAUGGUCAGCCAAUUGAUCCCAACAGUUCAAUGAUGCACACAAAUCCAUCAAAUGAGGAAAUACUAGAUAAGCUGAAAAUCCUAACAGAACAAGUUGCAUAUUUGGUGAAAAAGAAUAAGGGAAAGCAACUUCCGGAGUGUCAACGUGAAAUACAACUAGAGAGUGAAAAUGGUAGUUGCAACAUUUGUCGUAAAAGUCUUCCAGAUUUAUUCUUCCCUACUCAAAGCAUGGCUGGAAAAGGAACAUUGUACAAUACAUUGGGAGAAGUAUUACACCAUAAUCCGAUCCUUGUCGGCCAUGUUAAAGUUUCACCUGUGAUUGCUUUAGAACCUCUUGCACCAUUGCCUAUACUCGACAAUGAUGGAGAUAUGAUGUUUUUGAGAGAAGCAAUAGGUAGUUACGUGGCAUGGCCUAAAAAUCUUAUUCAAGCAAAACCUACCGAAAAUGUUAAGAAAGUUGAUUCAAAGAAUAAACUCACCGGACCGCAAAUGCAGAAAUUCGCCGCACAGCAAAUGCAAGUUCAUGGUAAAAAUAAAUAUGCCAAAAUUCAAAAACUGGAUCGUGGAAAGUCAGUUGUUGUUCCUAAAAUAAGUCAUUCACGCCUUUCUUGA